AUGGUCCCCGUGAAAAACCUUGGGGAGUUGAGGUGGUACUCCGCGUGCUUUUACCAGAGAGAUCUAGAGAGAGGCCUUUUGAGGAUCUCGCAGCAAAGGUUUGCAGAAGAGUUGGCUGCAGAGUACGGCGUUGAGUGGGGGAAGAGUGUGCCCUUGCCUGUGAGCGUGAAGCUCACCGACUUUGACGAAAACGAAGCGUGUGCUGAUGUCCCGUUUCGCGAGUUGGUAGGAUCUCUGAUGUGGUUGGCCACUCAAACCAGGCCGGACAUCGCGAAUGCAGUACGAGCAGUAGCGCGGUAUUGCGCGUCUCCCAAGAUGGUGCACUGGAAGGCAGCACUUGGUAUUUUAGGGUACGUGCGUAGGACGAGUUGGAUGGGGAUUACAUUUGAGAGGGGAGUGGUCACUGGCAUGAGCAUGCAGGUGUUUGUGGAUGCCGACUAUGCAAGCAAGGCAGCAGACCGUAGGUCGGUCUCAGGAGGACUAGUGAUGUGUGGGGGUGGGUGUGUGACUUGGUUUUCGAGGACGCAGAAGUGCGUCCACCUCUCCACAACGGAAGCAGAGUAUAUGGCAAUUGCCGACGUCUUGAAUGAAGUGCUUUUCUUGAGGCAGGUUUGGCGUUUUAUGUUGCCAGAUGCAGGUAUGCCGUGCAUUCCGGUCUUCGAGGAUAAUCAGGGAGCGAUUCAGAUUGCGCACAACCCGAUCACGAACUCAAACUCGAAGCACAUCGAUGUACGGCAUCACUUUAUCAGGGAACUGGUAGAGAGGAAGGAGAUUUCGAUUACGCAUGUGACGUCGGAGUUUCAGCAUGCAGAUUUCUUGACGAAGGCUAUCAGCAAGGAAUCUUUUGCGUUGCACAGAGACUUUGUGAUGAAUUUGCAGUGA